GCAAAGUGAAAUGCUUUGAUUCCGCUGAUUGUUCGAUCACACGCAAUCUGACAGCGAAAGCAGCUGGUUGUGCCUCCUCGCUCUACAGCGGAACCUCAAUCUCAGACAAAUAGUCGUCAACAGUCGUCAACAGUCAGCCCCAAGUCCGUCAAUUCGAGACCAGAUUUAUUUUCAGUGGAGCGGCAGCCAUAGAGCCCCGUGCAAGUGUCCGGCUUUCGUGUACGAGUACGAGUACGUGUUUAUGUGUCCGUGUUUUCUUUUUUUGCGAUUUUUUUGUCCAAGAGACUCGAACAGUGAAUUCGUCAAGCGGCGUCAAUAAAAUGUUGGAGUUCUAUCCGAUGCCCACAAAUCUGAAUCCAGUCGCUGGCGGCCUCUACUCGCUGCAGCAGAAUCACGGUGGCGCGCGGUUCCUGGACAGUCCGAACCCCAGUGUCAUGACCAGUGCCACAGCCGCCUGUCUAGGCGGAAGCAGCAACACGAGUAUCAGCACCAACAACAACAACAACAACAGCAACAACAAUAACAAUAACAAUGUGCACAUUAGCAACAACAAUUUGCCAACAAGCAUUUCCGGCAACAACAGCCCGACAGCAACAACUUCAUUAACGGGGCCCGUAAUUUCCGCACAGCACCAACAGCAGCAGCAGCAACAGCAACAGCAACAGCAACAGCAACACCAACACCCACACCCACACCAUCCCCACCAUCAGCAGCAUCCCCACCAACAGCAACACGCAGCCUCGACCACGCCAGUGCCAAUUAACAGCUGCCCCACGCCCACAGGACACAGCCCCAACAACAGCAACCACUCCGCCUGCAACACAUUAACAGCUGCUGCUGCUUCUGUUUCUGCUUCUUCUGCGGCAGCGCCACCAGCAACAGCUCCCUCAGUCGCCUCCUCGUCAUUAGGCGGAGCAGCCACGGCUGCUGCGUCUGCGACCUCGACGACGGCAUCGGCACUGGCACUGGCAUCGGCAGGAGGAGCGGCAACGGCGUUGGCGUCGGCGGCAGCAUCGAAAUUGUCUGCCGAUUGUAGUGGACGCACAGAAGUGGGCCACAUCAAAUGCGAGAAGAACUUCGAGCUGUGCGAGGGCUGUGGCCAGAAGAUCCACGACCGCUAUCUGAUGAAUGUGGGCGAGGCCAACUGGCACGAGCAGUGUCUGGCCUGCUGCUACUGCGGCAUGCAGCUCCACCACACCUGCUACGUGCGCAGCUCCAAGCUCUACUGCAAGAUGGACUACGACCGUUUGUUCGGGGUCAAGUGCGCCUCUUGCUGCCACGCAAUCCUGCCGCAGGAGCUGGUUAUGCGUCCCAUCCCCAACUACGUCUUCCACUUGCCCUGCUUCGUAUGCUACGCGUGCCGACUGCCCCUCCAGAAGGGCGAGCAGUUCAUGCUGCGCGACGGCCAGCUGUUCUGCUACCGUCACGACCUGGAAAAGGAGAUGUUCUUGGCCGCGGCUGCAGCCCAGCACUGCGGCUUUGUGGGCCUGGACGAGGAGGAUCUGCUGCGGCCACGGGACGGACGUCGCGGUCCGAAGCGACCCCGCACCAUUCUUACCUCACAGCAGCGUAAGCAGUUCAAGGCCUCCUUCGAUCAGUCGCCCAAGCCAUGCCGCAAGGUACGCGAGGCCCUGGCCAAGGACACUGGACUAUCGGUGCGUGUGGUUCAAGUGUGGUUCCAGAACCAGCGCGCCAAGAUGAAGAAGAUCCAACGCAAGGCCAAGCAGAAUGGUGGCAGCUCGGGAGGAUCUGGCGGCGGCCGUGGCACAGGCAACUCCAGCGCCGCCGAUGACAAGGAGUCCAAUGAGAAGGAGGACAAGUGCGUCAAGCAGGAGAUGGGCGGCGACAGCUCGGGCUAUCUAGGCGGACUGGACAACGCCUUUGCCAGCCAGCCACUAAAUCCAAACUUGCCCUUCUCCCCGGACGAUUACCCGGCCAACUCGAACGACAGCUUUUGCAGCUCGGACCUGUCGCUGGAUGGCAGCAAUUUCGACCAGUUGGACGACGACGCAGAUUCCCUGUCGCUGAACAACCUGGAGCUGCAGUCCACCAGCUCAUCCGGCAACCAGCACUCGAAUCCCCACGACAUGUUGGCCAACCUGAACACCAGCCUGAUAAACCCGAUCGACAAGCUAUAUCUCAUGCAAAAUUCGUACUUCAGCUCGGAGCAUUAGAUACUCGAAUCGGUUGAGGCAGCUACAGAGGCGUGGCGAGGACUCGCCGUCGUACGAAUUUAUUAGCGUUAGAGUUAUAGGCUCCAGUUGCACGGCAGUGGUACAGAGUGGUGGCCCACUCCCACUCCCAUUCCCUUAACCCCAAUGCCAAGGUCACGGCCACCCACGCAGAGGGGCAGCUGUUACUUUAUAAAUAGCGCAUAGUUGGCAUAGUUGGUUUCCGCAGGAGGCAUUUCGGAGACAGGCGGCUGCAGCAUUAGAUUCGAGUUGUAGAACAAGAUAAAUGAAAUGUGAUUUUUUUAAGAUAAAUGAAAUUUUAAGGUUCUCGCGUUACGUUCUCUGGCGCACCAGCGAGACGGUAGCACUUUUUUUUUUUGGUUGGUCUUGCGGAAGCGAGAGCAAGCGCGAUAAUGCAUAACAUAUACAUAUAUAACGAUAUGUAGAACACCCGAAAGGUAAACGGUCAAUGUGCACCUUAUGUUUGUAAAUAGUUUUAAGCCAGACAAUUGUUAUUAAAUGUAAUUUAAAGUCAAUAAUUGUAUUAGCAAGUGCAAUUUAAUCUGUUCCCCUAAAAUAUACAUCUUAACCGAG